AUGGGCGUACCCGACGGCAGCUCUAGAACAAUUCUGGAGUUCUUUAUCAACAAAGUGGCUCAAGUCUAUGAUAACCGACCAUUCGGGUCCACGAUCACAUCCCCUGCCAUCAUUCAGCAGCCUGACAAGGUGCAAUACAUCUUUUCAUCCAAUCAGCGGAGCUCGGAAGAUGCUCAAUAUGCAGCCACGACCAUCCAAAUCCUCCUUGACAAAAUGGGUUCACGGAAUCGCAUCGACGUUGGAGACGAUGAUAGGUCUCCGGUCUUUCGCGAACUUCUUCGCGACAUACUCCUAAUUCAUAAGCAGCGAGUUACUCUGUAUAAGUCGCGACUUAACCAACGACUGAAUCAAUGCAUCGAAGAAUUAAAGGCUAGGUCCUUGGACGCGGUUGUUUCUCUAGGAGACCCUCUACUUGAUGAGCUAGAAUAUCUCCAAGCUUUGACCAAGACCGAGGUGCCUUUGGAUGGCAGUGAAGGGUUCGCUCGCAACGGUGAACACCUGAUUUUAGCUGCAAACACCUUUCGCAAAAGUCUGAUGUACGAAUCGGUCAUUGAAAGAGCCCGGGAAGGACGCUUCAACGAGUCCGAGCGCUGGUGUCAGCUACAGCACUUCAUCGGACGGCUUUCUUCGUAUCACGGUGCUAUUCGGGCUAUUAUCAUUUCCGGCCGCAGACGUCUCCACCCGGACCUGUUCGAAAAUUUCGAAAUAACAUGGCUGCCGUCAAGUAUACCCAUGAAAAAUCCGAUGGACACACUCCAAAGCCAUAUGGGUAUGAAAACGCAACAAAAGAGGCGUUCGGCGGACAAUAUUAUCAGGAAAAUGAUGGGAAACUCGGCGGACCGUGAUACGACUCUCGAACAGGCCAAAACUCUUCAGGUCUGUGGCUUGGAUGAGUCCAUCAUGCAUCAGUGUCAAAGGACGUCUUUCAAACCCAUAGUUCAUUGCGAAAUUUUGUUAUUGCAUUAUCUGGAUCAAGAAUAUUGCCGAAAUCGCUAUCACAUCCCGUUCUUCGACGACGUCAAAUUUAUAGGCUGCAACAUCCAAGUUCGUCCCGGACACAAGAAUGUCUACUCAAAUUGGACUAUCCCGAAUCUUUUUGCCAACGACUUGGCUGAAGCGAAUGAGAGAGACAGCCUGCUUGACAAGGUCGUCAGCAAGAUUAGAGAGGAUGCACUUCGCGCUUUGAGAGAGAAAAUACCCGAUGGCAAAAGAUUUGACUCAGACACUCACUCAUCUUACCCAACACAUCAGUCGCUGGAAACCAAUGGUCAGCCAAACAUGGAUGGGCUAGCGUCCGCAUUGGGAGACUUAACUCUCGUUAACCCAGCCGACAUGGACGAUUUUCAAUCCUUAUCAGAAGAAAACCGGAGCAUCUUCUUAGAAGCAGAGGGAAACGAGACAGAUGAAAAUGAUUGGGCAGGCUAUGGCCAUGCUGAACAUUCUGGUGGCGUGCCUCUUCAGGGUUGA